CCCGGCGGCCGCCGCUAAAACCCGAGGCUCCGGGGCCGGGCCGGGCUGGGCCGGGCCGCGCGCUCCCGCCGAGGCCCGACGGCCGCAUGGAGCCCCCCGCCGAGGAGGACGCGGCGCCGCGGCAGCGGGAGGAGCCCCCGGAGGCCCGCGGCGGCCCGCGCCCGGCGUCGGUGCCCGCGGACCGGCUCCCGCCGGCGGCGCUGCUGCGGGGGGCGCGGCCGGGCGCGGGCGCCGAGGGCGGCUGCUGCGCCAAGUGCACGAAGCGGGUGCAGUUCGCCGACGCGCUGGGGCUGAGCCUGGCCAGCGUGCGGCGCUUCAGCGAGGCCGAGGGGCCGCGGGUGCCGCCCGCCGUGCUGCUGCGCCUCGGCGGCCGCCCCCCGCGCGCCCGGGCCCCGGCGCCGCGGCCCCGCCUGCGGCCGCUCUUCCAGCUCCCGGGGCCGGGCGCGGCGGCCGAGCGCCUGCGGCGGCAGCGCGUGUGCCUGGAGCGCGUGCAGUGCUCGGCCGCCGGGGGCGCGGCGGUGACGGGCUCGGGCCGCGUGCUGGGCUGCCCGGGGCCGCGGGCCGUGGCGGUGCGCUACACCUUCACCGAGUGGCGCUCCUUCCUCGACGUGCCGGCCGAGCUGCAGCCCGAGCCCGCGGAGCCGCGGCGGCCCGAGGCGGCGUCGGGGGCGCGCGGGGACGCCGAGCCGGGGCCGGGGCCGGAGCGGGAGCCGGGGCCGGGGCCGGAGCCGGAGCGGGAGCCGGGGCCGGGGCCGGAGCCGGAGCCGGAGCCGGAGCCGGAGCCGGGCGCCGAGCGCUUCCACUUCUCGCUGAGCCUGCCGCCAGGCCUGCAGCCCGAGGCCGGGGACGCCGCGCCGGGCGCCGCCGUGCACUUCGCCGUGCGCUUCCGCUGCGCCCAGGGCGAGUACUGGGACAACAACGCGGGCGCCAACUACACGCUGCGCUUCGGGCGCCCCCCGGACGCGCCCUGAGCCCCGCGCCUGCCCGCGCCCCUCCUCCUGCACGAAGGCCCUGGCCCUGCGCGCGGCCGCCCACCUCGGGACUCGCUUGCAGCCCUGGACGCGCCGUCACUUUGCUGCGGGAAGGACGCGCAUCCUGGCGUCGCGCGGGGGCAGGCCUGCUCCUCCACCUCCCCCGCUCCGGGGUGGUGGGGGGCGCCUGGCUGGGCUGUGUCCUUGUCUGCCCCUUACCUGGGGUCUGGGUGUUUGCACAGCCCGGACAUGAUUUCCGUGGGCCUCCGUGUACACCUGCCCUUGAAAGAGUAAAGGCCACCUGCACGCCCUCUGUGCACACUGCUCUUGGUCCCGCAGCUCCUGCGCCGUUCGGGAGGUCUGGCUGGUCAGGGAGGGGAUCUCCCUCGGCGGAUCAGGCUGGCCCUUUCACGAGACUUAAGCAGUAUUUAUUUUCCACGUUUCCUUUUUUCAGUCUUCCCUCUCUGAUGCGGAGAGGCCCAGAUGGCCCAUUCUUUAAAGCCUUUUGCAGAAGGCGCUUGGUGACUUGGAACACUAGUGGGCCUGCGGUCCCCGGCAGGGUCGCUGACCCUCAACCCCUGUGUGCAGGCAGGGCACAUAACAGCCGCUAGACUUCUCUUGGGCCUUUAGCAGUCAGAGAAGUUGGGCUCUCAGGGGCUGGAUGAUGCGGGGCGAGGUCGGGUGUCUUUCUGUCCGGACUCGGAGCCACAGCGGGUAGUGGUGACCUGACAGAGGAGGAGGCAUGCCCAGCAGGCGCAUGCUGCUCAGAACCAGAUGGGUACUCUCAGGCUGGACUUCUUCACUCACCUGCCGAUGGCCCUGGAUGCCAAGAUGAUGUGGCCCUGCAUGAGCGGGGCUGGUCAGCAUCCUGAGAGAGGACCCGAUUUUCAACCAUGCCGUGCUUAGUCUUUGGUAAUUUGUCUGUCUUUGGUUGUCGUAUUUUCUGGCACAUGAUUGCUACAAGCAGUUCACUGCGUCAUGGUAAUGUUUAAGGAUGGAUGGCUUCUACUGUUGCUUUUUAGGAACCAGGGUAGGCAUUCUACGGCCCAUGGGCCUAAUUCAGCCUGAAAUCUGUUCUCGUAGGGCCCGAGAGCUAAAAAUGAUUUUUACAUGUUUAAACACUUGGAAAAAUUCAAAGGAAGAAUACGGUUUCGUGACACAGGAGAAGUGUGUGAAAUUCAGAUUUCGGUGUCCAUAAAUAAAGUUUUAUUGGAACACAGCCAUGCACAUUCAUUUACAUAUAAUCUCUGACUGCCUUCCUCUACAAGAGCAAAGUUGAGUAGAUGCAACAAAAACCAUAUGGCAAAAGCUAAAAUAUUUACUAUAUGGCCCUUUAUGGAAAGCUUGCCAACUCUUGCUCUAGAGAAGUGUUUUUAACAUAUAUGCUGAGAGUUACACUUAAUAAAGCAGCUAAACUUUUUAGUAAGGUUUGCCACUUGAAAUUAACCUCUUUUAUUUAGAGGUAAUACUGUUUCUAUUACUUUCAGUAAUCUUGAUCAGAAUAAACACGAAGACACCAAAGGUACAACUAUUACUAUACAGGGGAGGAGAAUCUACUUGUCAUCUUUCAUCUAGGAUUAAUAAUAAAUCAGUACAGCUGAAAUAUAGCAUCCAUCCGAACUGACGUCAAGCUACCAAAACUGACGGAUACAUCAAAAUGAGAUGCAUCAAAAUGAGAUGUCUUAAGCCAUAGAAAUAUUUAGUUUAGCCUCUGCUUUGGAGACCUCCCUUUUGACCACGGCAGUAUUUGCCAAAGGGCUGGCAUUCUGGUGGAAGUGUAAGAGCUGACAACCAUGCCCAGCUCCAGGGGUCCGAACUCCUUCCGCUCAGCUCAGCGACCGCCACUGGCCUCUACUAGAAGCUUCCAGCUUCUUCCUCAUGGGCAGGUCCUUUGAAACUGUUACCCGAGGUCAUUUCCUGAGGACAGUCAACGGCAUCUUCAUGUAUCCUGGAAUGGGAAAUUGUGCCUGAAAAUCUGAACUGAAUAAACAUGGAAAACAGAUCCUCUGUUAUUUUGGACUUUGCGAUUUACCCUCGAGUCAUUAAAAAUGAAUUUACGCAUCAGUCAACAUGCCCAGAGAGACUACUUUUCUGGCAGAGGAAACAACAGCUUCAAAAUGGGGUUGUACGAGCCUUGAGUUCUGGGGGUGAGGGCUGCGCUGCCCGGCACUACCGACCACCGACCACCGCCUGGAGCCGUGAGAAGGUCGGAGGGGAUGACACUCCCACCUUGGGCUCAGGCCUGGGCCACCAUUGUCCUCCCGCAGGCCCUGCAGCCUCUGGCCCGAGCAGAAGCGUGCUGCUGGCCACUGCGAGCCUUGGCUUUUGACUCUGCCCCUUCCAGGCGGUUCAGACAAUCUCACAGACGCAGGCUUCACUCUCCAGAUCACUAUGUUACAGCCCAGGGGUUCUAAAGGGAUUCAGCAACAUUCUCUGUAGUCCGAAGAGUCCGAGGCGACGCAGAUGCCUGUGGUGGUUUCUACUGAUUUCAUUCUGACGGUAAAUGUUGCCCAUCAUCCUCGGAAUGUAGGAAGAAUGAGCGAAGCUCCCAAUGUGCUAACCCAACUGUUCUUGUCACCGUACUAAGCCAACAGGCCACUUGUUUCCUGUUGUUCACAUGAUAGGAUGUACACUGUGUACGCGUGUUGUCGUAACAUACACACCGCACAUAUAUGCUCAUCUGACGUACAUCUUCGUGUUUCCUUGAGGCAGCUUCUUCCAAGGUGAUCCACCCUGGGUUAAGAAACUACUUUUGGAAGCCUUCCUGUUUGGUGUUGUUGAAAACCCAUUCUUUGGGACCUGUUUUGAUUUUUGUGGCCACUCUCUUCUGAUCUGCUUCCUUUCCCUCUAAACUGUUCCUUGUCAGCCCCUCUGGGACUGAUUCUCCUUCUGCCUGCCACACAGUUCCCCGGAAAUCCACCUUUAACUCUUUUUUUCUCUUAUAAAGAUGCUGAAAAUUCUACUGGGGAAGGCAAUAUAGAAUUCCUUUUUUUUUUUUUUUUUUAAGUAAGCUCCAUGCCCAACUCACGGCCCUGAGAUGAAGAGCUGCGUGCCCUACCGACUGAGGCCACCCUCCCCUCAGUCACCUCAUCAGAAAUCUAUCCAUUCUUUCAGCAAGAGUGGACGGAGCUCUUCUCAUGGGGCCGGCACAGCCAUGGUGUUGGGAGAAGUGGGACUGCCGCAUUGCAAACCUGUAUCUGCUACGGUGGAAUGCACACGGAGCCCUCUGACCAGAAGUCCCACAGAUGUACAGAUGUGUAUAUGCAUGCACACCUAGAGGCACACAGGAGGAAGUUUCUAGCAGCGUUGUUCCUAACCUGGGAACCAUGCCUCCCGCAGUCAUGGGCAGCACAUAGAGAUCCUUACAUCGUAUCCGAGGCACGGUGGAUGGAUCGGCAAGAGCUGCAGGUGCACACAUGCCAUGCUGCAUCUCCCUGAGACAGACCCCCCUCGAGCUACAGUUGUGGGCAGAACUUGUCUGUGGUGUCCUAACUUGUCAGUUAUGUCUCUCUCUUGCUGAAGAGAAGGGCUGAUUGAUUUGGGAAGAUUCCCACGGGACGUGAUGCCGCUUGCCAGGACUAGUUCCCUCAGUCCUCACAACUGGCAGUUGGGGCCUGGGGAGGGGAAACACCGUUCCUCCACUCCUGGCCCCUGGAUUUCUCCCUCGCUGGUGGGCUCUUGCACCCUCCUGUCUGCUGCCCACGGUGACCUGCUGGGUGGGCCGCAGCCGUCUGCCCACGUUUUCCGGUUGUGUGGGCUCCUGCACAAGUUCUGAGGGCGUCUCCUCUCACGGCAGCAGUGGGGGGCCACAACCUGGGCAGUGUGUACACUCUGCAGACUCACACUCACCUGGUGUGAAGGGUCUCCUUGGGAAUAGGGAUGUAUUUGGCCCAUUUUGACUCACACAUUUGUAGACUUGGUCCCUGUAGCCUGCGCCAAUAACAAAGAUGCCGUUCUGUUCCUACAGGACCUUCGUUGGUCUUAUUUCUCAAGUGGUACAAAGCUUGGGCCACUGGACUCCCCUGGGACUUCAACACGACUCUGGGAGAGACAUAUUAUUCCGAUUUUAUAAUUAAAGCAAUUGAGUCUCCGAGAGGUUGAGUAAUGCGCCGAGUAAGAGAUUGAGCUUGGAUGUGAAUCCAGGACAGCCCGACCCGCAUCCAUUCUCUCGUCCGUGUUCAGCUACAACAAACACAAAGAAGACAACAUACCAAGUUCAUCCAUAAGAAGCAAAGGUCCGGAUUUCAUUCAACAGCAUCAGUCAAUGUUCCAAACUGCAAGUUACAGAAACCAGCGCCAGCCAGCUGGAGCAAACAGGGGCGUCCGUCUGAUGGAUGUGGGGCUACCACGUGCAUCGGAAGGCAGCUGGGCCUCUCAGGGCCACCAGAAUCAGGAGGCUCUCUCUGCCUCCUCCCGCUCCGAUCUGCUGCAUUCGUCUCUCCCUGCAGACUAGCAUCUCCUCUCCGUCUGCAUGACGGAUGGAAGGUGGCUGCUCUGCAUCUUCCGAGUCUGUGCCCUCCAGUUCCAGCAAAGAGCCCAGCUGGAAAUGGAACUCUCGUGCCUGGUUCUGAGUUUCUUUCUUUCUUCUUCUUCUUUUUUUUUAUUGUUUUAAUAUUUUAUUUAUUUAUUCAUGACACACCCACAGAGAGAGAGGCAGAGACACAGGCAGAGGGAGAAGCAGGCUCCAUGCAGGGAGCCCAACGUGGGACUCGAUCCUGGAUCUCCAGCAUCAGGCCCUGGACUGAAGGCAGCGCUAACCCACUGAGCCACCCGGCCUGCCCCCUGGUUCUGAGUUUCUAAGAGAAAAAAUUCGGCCCACUUUGGGUCAGACAGGGUAUGCAUCUCUGUUCCAUUAGCUGCGGCCGGAAGUGGGGUAGGAUUAUAAUGUGAAAUGGUUGUCAAGAACCCCCGAUGCCUGUUGGGGUCUCGGGAGGUGGGCAGACACCCCAAAGUGUCUCUACUGCAACACAGUAAAACACACAGUAAUGUGAACCGCAGACCUA